UAUUAAUUAUUAAAUUAACGAUGAAUAAGUAAAUUAUCUUAUAAAUUUUAUCAACAUCUAGAGGCGCGAAGAUAACAUGUUUUUAAAAUCAGACUUAUUUAAGGCUAUCGCUUUCAAGAACCCUGUGAAACUACCAUUGUCUUACUGGUUACUGGUUGGAAUAAGAUUUGUGCUAACUUUAUUGCCCCAAAGUGGAUAUAUACAUCCAGACGAAUUUUUUCAAAAUGUAGAGGUCAUUGCAGGAGAUAUCUUCACAAUCGAUGUGGCCCGAACCUGGGAAUUCAACCCAAAGUUCCCAAUACGAAAUAUUUUAGUGCCGAAAUUAAUACUUGGACCUCCUUUGCAUCUUAUUCAUAUAGCAAAUCCUUAUACAAAAUAUUACCUCAAUAUUGAUUUACGAUCUCCUUACUUCUUACUCACCAUUCCAAGGUUAUUUAUAUGCUUUCUUUCACUUAUAAACGAUUAUUGUUUAUACAGAAUAUGUGUUUUAUAUGGACAGAAUUUUAGGAAUAGGCUAAAAGUGUUUGCAAGUUCUUAUGUUGUUUUAGUAUACUGCUGUCGCAGUUUUUCAAAUGCAUUUGAAAUGAUGUUUUUUUCUAUACUUCUAUUACUGGUAGCUGAAUGUAUGUACAAAUCUGAUAAGGUUAUUUAUCACAAUGAGUUUUUAAAUGAGAAGUAUGAUCAGGCAACAACAGCAGUGGAAAAGGUGAAGAUAUUUAAACUGAAAACACAUUUGCCCCACCACUCACUAAAUCAUGUAGCAAUACUGGCUACUGUUGUUGUUAUAGGAAUCUUCAACCGCCCUACAUUCGUAGGAUUUGCAUUCCCUCCUAUAUUCUUUUGGUUACAUCGAGGAUUAGGGUCUAAGGUCAUUGGUUUUAAAGACUUCCACUAUAGAAUUUUUAUGUUGAUUCUGUCUGGUAUACCAAUUUUUUUGCUACUAAUUGUGAUAGACUCCAGUUAUUACGGUUAUUUGACGAUGGCAGAUAUCGAAAGUUUAAAGUUAUCUUGGGACAAUUGGGUAGUGACUCCAGUUAACUUUCUGAGAUAUAACUCAGACCUGAAGAAUCUGGAUGCUCAUGGACUACACCCACGCUGGCUCCACUUAGCUGUCAAUAUACCACUUUUGUUCAAUGUUCUGGGAGUGAUGGCUUUCUUGAUAUUGGUGAUUCAAACUAACAGAUUUAUACGUGGCCAGUACAGCAAAUUACCAAGAAUACAAAGCAUCACAGGGCUGAUGUUAUUCUCUCUCGUCAUUCCCGUAGCCAUACUGUCACUGUUCCCGCACCAAGAGGCUCGCUUCAUCAUACCGAUUCUCACCCCACUGGUAUAUCUAUAUGGAAACUACUUUUACCCCAACGAUAGUGAUGGACCCAACUUUAAACAGUUAAAGAAAACCCUGCUAUAUGUAUGGUAUGCCUUAAACAUGAUACUUACUAUAUUUUUUGGGUUCAUACACCAAGGCGGUUUAUACCCAUUCGCUAAAAGCUUGCACCAUGAAAUAAAAAGUAUGUACGGAAAUCACUUUCACGUUAUUACAACACAUAGCUACAGUAUACCGACAUACCUUCUCCAAUUGGAAAGUACAACUAGGGUUUACAAGGACAAGAAGACAGGACAUAACUACAGACUGGCUCCAACUACGUUCAUACAUAAAUAUGGUUCAAUGUCCAUGAAGGAAUUGUUUAUGAGAGUUGAUGAUGUAUUGACCAAUGCUGAAAUGUUGUUACAUAAACGUAAAAGACAGUAUAGAUUCUAUAUUGCAUCGCCGUGCUCUCUAGAAGGUAAAAUAAGACAAGAAGCAAUUAGGUACAACUAUAUUCAAUUGAACGAAGAGUUUACAUACUACCCUCAUUUUUGUUCUGAAGCGUUUCCGGAAUUUCCAAAUGUACAUGAUCAGUUCUGCCUUGAACAUAGUUUUCUAAAUACUAAUCAAUCUCAAGCUGUAGAUCUGACAAUGCUCCAAAGAAUCUCAUGUUUUUUUAAAAGGUUUUGCCUAAGAAUUUAUCGAGUGAGCCCUAGUAUUAAGUCAUAGCUGUUUUCUUUUUUAAUUUUUAUGUUAUUAAUAUUGUAAAGCUCAGGUAUCCAAAGGUUUUGCUGCAAUGUUAAGUUAUAUGCAUAGACUUAUAAUACUCGUUAUAUGGUAAGUUUUUCGAAUUAGGCUGUGAUUUGUAAGUUUCCUUACUACACACAUUUUUGGAAAUUUCCAAACAUACAUGAACACAAUAUGAAUCAAUUAUUAUUUAAUCUCAAGCUGUAGAUCUGUCAAUGCUCCAACGAAUCUCAUGUUCCUUUAAAAGAUUUUGUCCAGAAUGUAUGGAAUGACUCCAACUAUAAUAUUGUUUUUCUUUUGUAAUAUUUUAGUAUUGUUAAUAAGGAAUAUGAUUAAGCGGUAUUCAAAGGACCCAAAGGUUCAGCUGCGAUGUUAAGUUAUAUGGUAUUUUUGAAGUAGGUUUUGACUUGAAAUUUUAUUUUCAUGACCUUUAAAUGAAAUGACCAUGAAAUCCAUACUUCCGUACUAAUAUUAUAAAUGCGAAAGUGUGUCUCUCUGUCUGUCUGCUACGUUUUCACGGCCCACCAGUUUAACUGAUUCUGACGAAAUUUGGUACAGGGUUAGCUUAUAUCCCGGGGACGGACAUAGGCUACUUU